AACGAAACGAACCCUUCAAAAUGACCAAACCACCCUCAUUUCAUUUGAUUUCUCCCAGUUCAGCACCCAAAUUUCGAGAGCUUUUGGGCCAAUUUCUGUAGAAUCAGGGACACAUUCGUACUUUUUGUCUCAUAAAAGGACAGAUUGGGAAUUCCUGUUUCCCUCUCGAACUCAAUUCCAAAACAUUUUGAUGGGCGUCGCCUUAUUUCCAUCCCUUCUCUCCGAACUUUCGCAGUCUCAUCAGACCCUUCUCAAAACCAAACAAUUACAUUCCAUCAUUGUUAAAUCCAACCUCUCCAAUGACCCUUUUUUCGUAACAAAAAUCCUGCGCUUUUAUGCCAUCAACAACAAUCUCCUCUCUGCUCGCCGUCUGUUCGAUAAAACUCCCCACAGAACAGUUUAUCUAUGGAAUUCCAUGAUAAGAGCUUAUGCCUGGGCCCAUGAAUUCGUCCGCUCAUUCACUCUCUUUACUCACAUGCGGAGUUCCGAAACAAAGCCUGAUAACUUCACCUUUGCAUGUAUCUUGCGUGCGUCAUCAGAUCAAUCUGAUCGGGCAGGCAUGAAAAUGGUCCAUGGAUGCACAAUCGUGUCUGGUUUAGAAUCUGAUUCUGUUAUUGGCAGUGCCCUUGUGAGUGCGUAUUCGAAACUUGGGCUCGUUGAUGAUGCUUGUUCGGUUUUUGAAGGGAUGCUUGAACCCGAUUUAGUCUUGUGGAAUUCAAUGGUGUCGGGGUAUGGGCACAAUGGGUUUUGGCACCAAGGCCUUAGAUUGUUGAGUAGAAUGCGGAAUUUGGGUAAGAUGCCAGACGGGUAUACAUUGGUUGGAUUGAUUUCGUGUUUUUAUAAUCCAUGCUUGGUUGAAAUAGGUCAAGGAAUCCAUGGCCUCUGUUUGAAAACUGGGUUCGAUUCGAAUGCACAUGUGGGGAGUGCACUUGUAAGUAUGUAUGCAAGGUGUGAUUGCUUGAAUUCGGCUUAUAGAGUUUUCAAUAGAUUAGCAAAUCGUGAUUUGGUUUCAUGGUCUGCUCUGAUAACUGGGUUUUCAAAUUCGGGGAAGUGCGUAGAAGCCAUGGUCUUGUUCACAGAGAUGAAUAUUACUGGUCAAAGAGCGGAUCCUAUCUUAAUUGCUAGUUUGCUAUCUGCUUGUGCCUGGUUGGUGAUGGUGGGGCCUGGUAAGGAGGUCCAUGCUCAUGUUUUCCGUCGUGGAUUUGAGUUUGAUGUCAUGGUUUCAUCUGCUCUCAUAGACAUGUAUGCGAAGUGCGGCUUUCCUGAUUUGGGCUUGCAGGUUUUUAAAAUGGCACCAAAAAGGAAUGUCGUUUCUUAUAAUUCAGUCAUUACAGGUCUUGGGGCACAUGGGUUUGGGCGACAGGCUAUUGAAGUUUUUGAGGAGAUGUUGCAGAAGGGGUUUAAGCCCGACCAAUCAACGUUUUCAGCUCUUCUCUCUGCUUGCUGCCAUGGUGGGCUUGUCAGGAAUGGGAAGGAAUUUUUCAGAAGAAUGGAAUGUGAGUUUGGUAUUACACCAGGAAAUGAGCACUAUGUAUAUAUGGUGAAGCUUCUUGGGACGGCAGGAGAGCUGGAAGAUGCUUACAAUCUUAUCAGGCACAUGCCCAUAUCGCCAGAUUCAGGCGUUUUGGGUGCAUUGCUAUCAGGUUGCAGCAUUCAUGGCAACUCCAAGAUGGGUGAAAUCGUAGCUCAUCAGCUUUUCAAGAUCAAACCAGAAAAAGCCGCUUACAGAGUCAUGCUCUCUAACAUGUAUGCUGUGGAUGGGAGGUGGAAUGAUGUAAGGAUUUUGAGAGAUAAGAUGUUAGAAGGAGGAUUGAGGAAAAUACCUGGGCUUAGCUGGAUUGAAAAGAGCAAUGUCUAAGGUAGUGUUUUGGAACUACCUACUAUUCGACAUUUUGUUCCAAUACAUAGGCAUGGUGGCGAAUUCAUCUUGAAGUUACCGAGCAUUUGGGACAGUGGCGAAGAUGAACCCGAGCGGGCAGAUUUAUCAGUUCUUUUUCGGUUUUCUGGACCUAAAAUGAUUACUCAUUUGUUUCAGUUCAAACUUGAAUGAAUGAAAUUUUAUCUAGGCGGAGAAGCAUUCCACCAAACACAAUCUCCCAAGGCACUUCUGAACUCUGUAAUUCCGAAACUGCAAUAUCGGCAUCAGAAAUCUUGAAAAUAGGAAAAGAAGGCUGCAGAAGGACGAUUUUGAAACUAGUGUAAACUUGGAUUGCUGUACUGAUUGCUUGAAGAUUUGGGUGGAAAACCAUGUAAUUAUCAGAUGGAAUUCACUGUUUUGUAUACUAUCUAUUACUGCUGGA